CAAGCCCCAGCCCAGCUUCUUUAUCUCCGAUAGCUCCGUGCCCAGGAAACUCGCCAUGGAAACGCGCUCCGACUAGCGGCGGGCACCAGGGAGGGGGCAGAGACGCGGGGUAGGGACGUCAGAGACAGGGAGAGACCGGGAGAGACCGGGAAAGACGCAGAGAAAGCGGAAGAUCCAGGAAAUCAGACCCUCUCCCCUGCGCCCAGCACCGAUGGGGCUCCGGAGGCCCAUCCGGGAGAAGAGAAGACUGCAGACCCCGGCCCUAGCCCGCCCCCACGGGACACUGGGACCUCCGAAACUCAGAGACAGAGGAGGCGGGUGCCCGGGAGGCGGGGACCGCAGGCUGGGGGCCUGGCCAAAACACCGACGCAAGCGGCGCCCCCGACGCGCAGAGACAAAGAGCCCUCGCCCCUUGCGCCGCAUCUAGGGCGCGGCGGGUGGGGGGUCUCGGGGCCGGCUGGGUCCCCUCCGCCUCCGCCUCCCCCUCCCCCUCCCAUCUCCCCUCCGCCCCCGAGGGGGAGGGGCCGCGCUUUGUGCUCGGCGCCACAGCCCCGGCCGCCGCGGCCGCCAGCUCCACCCUUCAAGCGCCGGCGCGCCAGGCGGUUCCUGCGCUUCGUUGCUUUCCCCUCCCCCGCCGUCGCCCAGCACCAGGUGCCCCCAGGACUCAGCUCCCCUCCUCCAACGCAGCUUUGUCCCCUCCAACCACAGCCUGUGGCGCCCGCGGCACCAUGAUCUCGACCAAGGAGAAGAAUAAAAGCCCCAAGGACAGCAUGACGCUUCUGCCCUGCUUCUACUUUGUGGAGCUGCCCAUUGUGGCGUCCUCCAUCGUGUCCCUGUACUUCCUGGAGCUGACUGACCUCUUCAAGCCGGCCAAGGUGGGUUUCCAGUGUUAUGACCGCACGCUGUCCAUGCCUUACGUGGAGACCAAUGAGGAGCUCAUUCCACUGCUCAUGCUACUCAGCUUGGCCUUUGCUGCCCCUGCGGCCUCGAUCAUGGUGGGCGAAGGAAUGCUGUACUGUCUGCAGUCACGGCUGUGGGGACGCGGAGGGGGCCCGGGCAGGGCCGAGGGUAGCAUCAACGCCGGUGGCUGCAACUUCAACUCCUUCCUGCGGCGCACUGUGCGCUUUGUGGGCGUCCACGUGUUUGGACUGUGUGCUACUGCCCUGGUGACCGACGUCAUACAGCUGGCCACGGGCUACCAUGCACCCUUCUUCUUGACGGUCUGCAAGCCCAACUAUACGCUGCUGGGCACCUCAUGCGAUGCCAACCCCUACAUCACACAGGACAUCUGUUCCGGCCAUGACACCCAUGCCAUCCUCUCUGCAUGCAAGACCUUCCCGUCCCAGCAUGCCACGCUGUCUGCCUUUGCUGCAGUCUACGUGUCGAUGUACUUCAACUCGGUCAUCUCAGACACAACCAAGCUGCUCAAGCCCAGCCUGGUGUUCGCCUUUGCCAUCGCCGCGGGUGUCUGUGGCCUCACCCAGAUCACGCAGUACCGCAGCCAUCCAGUUGAUGUCUACGCUGGCUUCCUCAUUGGCGCUGGCAUUGCUGCCUACCUGAAUGCUGGAGUCAGAAUCUCUUGGGCUCAGACUUGCCCAAUGUGCACUGCCUGCCAUGCUGUGGGCAACUUCCAGGCCCCGCCCACAGAGAAGCCGCCGGCCCCACCACCUGCCAAGGAUGCGCUGCGUGCCCUGACCCAGCGGGGUCACGACUCAGUGUACCAGCAGAACAAGUCUGUGAGUACGGAUGAGCUGGGCCCGCCGGGUCGGCCUGAGGGUGUGCCGCGGCCUGUGGCCCGCGAAAAGACCUCGCUGGGCAGCCUGAAGCGAGCCAGUGUGGACGUGGACCUGCUGGCCCCGCGCAGUCCCAUGGGCAAGGAGAACAUGGUGACCUUCAGUCACACACUGCCCCGCGUCAGCACGCCCUCACUUGAUGACCCCGCCCGCCGCCACAUGACCAUCCACGUGCCGCUGGACGCUUCGCGCUCCAAGCAGCUCAUCAGCGAGUGGAAGCAGAAAUCGCUAGAGGGCCGCGGCCUGGGGCUGCCUGACGACGCCAGCUCGGGGCACCUGCGGGCGCCCACUGAGCCCAUGACAGAGGAGGAGGAGGAGGAGGAGGAGGAAGAUGAGGAGGAGGAGGAGGAAGAGGAGGAGGAGGAGGAGGAGGUGGAGGAGGGGGAGGAAGAGGGCCCAGCUCCACCCUCACUCUACCCCACAGUCCAGGCGCGGCCGGGGCUCGGGCCACGGGUUAUUCUCCCCCCAAGGGCAGGGCCGCAGCCGCUGGUGCACAUCCCUGAGGAGGGGGUGCAGGCGGCAGCCGGCCUGUCCCCCAAGAGCAGCACGGCGGUGAGGGCUAAGUGGCUCAUGAUGGCUGAGAAGAGCGGGGUGGCCGUGGCCACGGCCUCGACCCAGCCCCGCGUGGCCAACCCGCCCCGGCUGCUGCAGGUGAUUGCCAUGUCCAAGGGUGGGCCUGGCCCCAAAGCAGCCGAGACAGCCUCAUCUUCCAGCGCCAGCUCUGACUCCUCGCAGUACAGGUCGCCUUCAGACCGUGACGCGGCCAGCAUUGUCACCAUCGACGCGCAUGCGCCCCACCAUCCUGUGGUCCACCUGUCAGCGGGUAAUGGGCCCUGGGAGUGGAAGGCGGCAGGCGGCGGGGCCAAAGGGUCAGAGGGAGAGGGAGAUUACGAGCUAGGGGACCUGGCUUGCGGCUUCCGUGGUGGGCCCAAGCCACUGGGUGUGUCCUCUGGCUCAUCCGUCAGUGACAUGGACCAGGAGCCUCGGUUUGGGGCGGUGGCCACAGUCAACCUGGCCACGGGGGAGGGUCUGCCCCCACUGGGUGUGGCUGACGGAGUGCUGGGGCCAGCCAGCCGCGAGUCCACGCUGCGUCGCAAGGCAGGUGGCCUGGUGCUGGGUGAGCGGGAGGUGGCGGGCCAGUCAGAGGCUGAGAGAUACUACCGCAAAAUGCAGGCGGCCCGCAGGUCCAAGGACUGACCGCCCAGGGCUCUGCAGGCCAG